UUUGCUCAUUGCAAAGCGGAAGCGGAAGUAUCACAACCGGAAGCGGUCGUUGAGCUGAGAAACGCUAGAAAACAACCGACACUAAGCGGAGGUAGCAGCUCAGCUACACGUUUGUGUUGUUGGGACGUUUUGGAAAAAUCAUAGCCAACUGUUAUAGGAACAUCUGUGGAUAUUGGAUUGUAUGUAGGAAGACUAUUGUUUUGUGUUCCAAUGGCUGAUGAAUAUCACCAGAAUAAUGUGUCAAGUGAAGACACAGAGACGCAUCGCCGGCCCACAGAGCCAGGGGGCGCUGCAGGCCGCGGGCAGGGUGACACAGAGCUGAAUGGCCAGCCACCCUCAGCACGGGUCAUUCAGGCUGAGGAAGAUGACGACGAAGAGCUGACCCUAAAAUACGGUGCAAAGCACGUUAUCAUGCUGUUUGUCCCUGUCACACUCUGCAUGGUGGUCGUUGUGGCAACAAUCAAGUCUGUCAGCUUCUAUACACAGAAUGAUGGACAGCAGCUAAUUUACACCCCCUUCAGAGAGGAUACGGAGACGGUGGGACAGCGUGCACUGAACUCUAUCCUCAACGCUGCCAUCAUGAUCAGUGUCAUCGUGGUCAUGACCCUCAUUUUGGUCUUGCUCUAUAAGUACCGCUGCUACAAGGUGAUCCAUGGCUGGCUAUUCAUCUCCUCAUUGCUGCUGCUGUUUUUCUUUUCCUUCAUCUAUCUGGGGGAGGUUUUUAAGACCUACAACGUGGCCAUGGACUACUUAACGCUGGCUGUCAUCAUCUGGAACUUCGGAGUGGUGGGCAUGAUCUGCAUCCACUGGAAAGGCCCGCUCCGGCUUCAGCAGGCCUACCUUAUCAUGAUCAGCGCCCUCAUGGCCCUCGUCUUCAUUAAAUACCUGCCGGAGUGGACUGCCUGGCUCAUCCUCGCGGUCAUUUCCGUAUACGACUUGCUGGCUGUGCUCUGUCCCAAGGGGCCGUUGCGUAUUCUGGUGGAAACCGCACAGGAGCGGGACGAGCCCAUCUUCCCUGCUCUGAUCUAUUCCUCUACAAUGGUAUGGCUGGUGGGCAUGGCAGACAGCAGGGAGAGCCGAAAAAACAAGACGUCCCAGCCUGAGAACCCAGCUGUCCCAGACCAGCAAGCGGAAGACGAUGGGGGCUUCACCACUGCCUGGGUGGGGCAGCAGCAGCACCAGUUGGGCAACUUGCAGUCCACCGAAGAGACGAGGAGGGAGGUCCAGGGGAUGCCCUCUGCCCGCCCCCCUGCCGACCCGUCUGAUGAUGAGGAGCGGGGUGUGAAGCUCGGCUUGGGGGACUUCAUCUUCUACAGCAUGUUGGUGGGGAAGGCUUCUGCUGCGGCCAGCGGAGACUGGAAUACCACGCUUGCCUGCUUCGUGGCCAUCCUCAUUGGCCUGUGUCUGACCCUGCUUCUCUUAGCCAUCUUUAAGAAAGCCCUUCCCGCCCUGCCAAUCUCCAUCACAUUCGGCCUGGUCUUCUACUUUGCUACGGACAACCUCGUGCGCCCCUUCAUGGACCAGUUGGCCGUGCACCAGUUCUACAUCUAGCAGGGCACCGUUUUUGUUCCCUUCGAGAUUUGAGCAGCACCACUACUGAGGAACUCCUGUAGAAAAGCCCAGAAGCGUCCUCCUCUGAGGCUAUAUGAGGUUGAUCCUUGGGCCCCUUCCUGGACUUGACUGGACUAAAGAUACUGUUUUUCUUACUGGGGACCUCUUAGUCACUUCAACACCUCUUCCAUUUUCUUCUAAUGCAAUGGUUUGUGAGCUUUUUUAUUUUACGGAUAAUUCAUACUUUGGUAGGUUUGUAAUAAUCCAGGCCUUGGCCUUAAAUGGUGCUGACAAAGAGAUGUCAAUUUGCCUGUGGACUUUCCUGAUAUUCCUGAUUUUAACAGUAUAAUUGCAAACAAGGGAUGUAAGAAACAGCACUAAUAGUAUGAAAUGCUUUCAUUCCCUAAUCGACAUGCCACUUACUGUCUUACUUGAACCCAAAUCAUUUUUCUAGUUCUGGCAAACUAUAUAUGUGCUCAUUAAGCCGGUUUGUAUCUAUACAGCUUGGACACGUCGGUCACUGCAUUAACGGGCGAGCAUCUCGGAAAUGGUCAGUUGUAUUGACCUGUGUUUCUCUGUAGGUUCUAAGUUCCCCAUUGAGUUGUGUUAAUAUAUUCUCUUCUCCGUUUUGGAUUUAUUCAUUGCCUCACAACUGUGUCUAAUUUAUUUUUUUUUUUUGCUGCCAGUGCUCAAAAAUAGAUGCAGCUAUAUCUUUCUCCUUUUAGCAUUUUCUGGAAUGCAAGGAACCAGUGACAUCCUUAAAAUUUUAAUUUGGUGGACAGAGAAUGCAUGUCCCUUGCAAGAAUAUCUAGGAUUGCUUCUGAUUGUAGCCUUCAUGGGUCCUCCACAAGAGGGGAAGUGGUUUAAUGCAUUAUUGUUAUUUUUUUUAAAUUACUUGCCUGUAUGCAAGUGGUCCUGCAGGACACUGGUUCACUUAAAAAGUUCACUCGACUGAGGUUUUGUGCAUUUUUAAAAAAAUAUAUCAACAACUUUUGUAAGUUGUCAAACGAUUCGUAAAUAAAGGCGAUGCAUGAGUGGUUA